AUGGAUGCUCAUUGUGAUAUACAAGGAAAAUCUUCAUUGUCACUUAGGUUUCUUUAUGAUGGUGAUCGUAUACAAAGCCAUAAUACGCCUGCAGAUUUGGGUAUGGAAAAUGGCGAUUCCAUUAUGUUAUGGUGGUAA